AUGGACUUGCCAUUCCCGACCGAUAUCCAGGAGUUCGACGCCGACGACCGGAUAUCGUUUUCACGACUCGACAACAAGUUCAUCGCUGUUCACGACGACGGCACCGAGUUCGAGUUUGAUGCAGAUCUGAAGCGAUGGGUGCCUGCGGAGGAGGAACCGCUAGAUCACGAGGGGCACAGCUAUGGACAAGACUCGCCGGCACAAGAAUUACAAGGCGGUGCAAGGAAGAGACAUUUUGAGACGGAGAACGGGUCCGAGGGAAGCAACCAAACACCACCGGCACGUCCGAAUAAGAAGCAAAAAGCGCCUCCACGGCCGCGAGAAAACACGGCCGUCUAUGUCACCGGCUUGCCUCUUGAUGCAACGGUGUCCGAAGUCCACGAUUUGUUCUCGCGCAAGGGAGGUGUCAUUGCCGAGGAGAUUGAUAGCGGUGCGCCGAGGAUCAAGUUGUACUCAGAUGAGUCGGGGAACUUCAAGGGUGACGCAUUGAUUGUGUUUUUCAAACCACAAAGCGUAGAGAUGGCAAUUAUGCUGCUAGACGACACGGAUUUUCGCGUGACUGCCACGGGGACACGAGAAGGCAGAAUGCGAGUCCAGGCUGCAGAUUCAAGUUACAAAAAGGUUCAGUACGAAGCGGACGGAACUCCGGGCGGUGGUAGCAACGGCGGGCAGCAAGACAAGCGGCCACAGAGAAGCGAUCGCGACCGCCAGAAAAUCAUCAAGAAGACGCAAAAACUCGACGCCAAGUUGGCGGAUUGGGACGACGACGAUCCUUACCCAGCCAUGACGCAGUCCAAUUCAAAGAAGGACAGGACGGUUAUCCUGCGCCACAUGUUUACGCUUGAGGAGUUGGAUGAGGACCCUGCCGCCUUGCUGGAGAUAAAGGAGGACAUUCGAGAUGAGUGUGCCAAGUUGGGUACGGUGACGAGUGUUGUGUUGUACGAUCAAGAAGAAGAUGGUGUUGUGUCGGUGAGGUUCAAGGAUACAGAGUCGGCUGCGGCGUGUAUUAAGCUUAUGCACGGGAGAAGCUUUGACGGGCGCGUGGUGGAAGCGUCCCUCAAGACGGGCAAGGAGAAAUUCAAGAAGUCUGAUAAAGAUACGAGUAAGGAUCAUGAUUCAGAUUAA